GGAUUGCAAUACUCGGCCUAAUUUUGGGUGUAGGUCGGGGAGGUGAGUCAAAAGGUCACACUCUUCGCCUAUGUCUCACUCUCAGACCCUCUUCGGAGCAGCCUCUUCCCUCUCUUCAGUGAAUCCAUCUCCCAAGCUUCGAUCUUCAGAAACUGUUCAUAGAUAUUUCUCAAUAAACAACAAUCGCUCUCUUCGAUUCACCACCGCCAUUUUAAGCCUACCCAGUACCAGAAGAUGGUCCCUCCAUGGAAUGACUGCUCUCGUCACCGGCGGCACUCGCGGAAUCGGGCAUGCGAUUGUGGAGGAACUGGUGGGACUUGGGGCGAAAGUGCAUACCUGUGCUCGGAACGAAGCGGAGCUGAAGAGGUGUUUGGGAGAUUGGGAAGAUGAAGGAUUUGGAGUCACGGGUUCGGUUUGUGAUGUGUCGUCUCCGCCCCAGCGAGAGGACCUAAUGGACUCUGUCUCCUCUAUCUUCAAUGGCAAGCUCAACAUUCUCAUUAAUAAUGUUGGAACCAACAUAAGGAAGCCAAUGGUAGAGUUCACUGCCAAAGAAUAUGCUACACUCUUUGCGACGAAUUUCGAAUCUGUUUUUCAUAUGUGCCAACUUGCACAUCCUCUUUUAAAAGCAUCAGGAGCAGGAAGUGUUGUAUUCACUUCCUCUGUCUCUGGCUUUGUGUCGCUGAAGUCUAUGUCUGUCCAUGGAGCAACUAAAGGAGCAAUUAAUCAACUUACAAGGAAUUUGGCAUGUGAGUGGGCAGAAGACAAUAUCAGGAGUAACGCUGUUGCACCUUGGUAUAUCAAAACUUCUAUGGUGGAGCAAGUGCUCAGCAACAAAGAAUAUUUGGAAGAGGUAUAUUCCCGGACUCCUCUUCGGCGUCUUGGAGAUCCAACGGAGGUCUCAUCUCUGGUUGCAUUCCUUUGCUUACCUGCAUCAUCUUACAUCACUGGCCAG